CACCGAUGUUGCUAGAGGGUCCAGAAAAAUUCACCCCCAUGAACAAACCAGAAUGGUCAGAAAAUACUCUGCUCUUUGGACACACAAAGGAUUCAAUUGGUUAUUUAACUAUUGGCAUACCAGUGGUAAAAAGAAAACUAGAAGGCAAACUAUAUGUCUACACAACAAUAGAGUCCAUCAUUAAGGCGACAACAGACAGAGAUAAAGAAAAUAUCACGCUCGUUGUUUUUUUAUCGGAUUUUAAUAAAACAUGGAACCUGGAUUCAAGUCGGCAACUUAAAGAGAAGUUUUCGAGGUAUAUAGAUAUGGGUUUUCUACAAGUGAUUCAUAGUCCAUUGAAUAUUUAUCCAGAACUGGGCGAAAGUGUGAAUUUCGACGAGGAUUCCAAAACCAGGAGAAUUUGGCGAUCAAAACAGAACAUAGAUUUUGCGUAUUUACAGUGGUACAGCAAAGGACUCUCGCAAUAUUAUCUACAGCUUGAAGACGACGUGAUCGCAGCCCAGAAUUUCUACACAGACAUCAAAGCUUUCAUAAAUAAACAUUUUCAAAUUCGCUGGGUAACUUUGGAGUUUUCUCGACUGGGAUCCAUUGGAAAAUUAUUCCGCGCCGAGACUUUGCCACGUUUUGCUACAUACCUAUUGACCAUGUUCAACGUGUUACCUGGUGAUCUACUGCUGUCAACUUUCAGAGGUCUUCACCAACAAGUAUCGUCUAUACAAAACCCCAAAGGUCUCUUUCAACAUAUUGGGAAAAUCUCAUCUAUGAAAGGGAAACUUACGCCCUUGACGGAUUUUACAUUUCAAGAUUCGUUUAACUUCACCUUGUUUGAUGUCCAUGGGGAGAACCCUCCCGCAAAAAUUUUCACCAAUAUGGCAGCUGCGCCGGGGUCUUUGCCAGAACACGCAUACCACGAAAUAGAAAAGAAUUCAUUUUUUGUUGUUGAAAAUAUGAGAGCUCAGACUUACUACAAAUUAGUGUAUUCUGCGCCUAUUAACAUUAGCAGGAUUAUAGUUUCAACUGGAAAUCCCGUUCUAAGAACAGGCAUCAUGAAAUGGGGCAUUGUUAGGGUAGGGCUAGGUACCGGAGGGGAGGAAUGUGAGCCCACUCAUUUCGUGGGCAGGCUGUUCGAAGGCGAGUUCGAUUCAGAAAUUCAGGAAUACACAAUUCCCUCAAAUGUGAUAUGCAUUUCUCUCGGGUCAUCACGGAGCGAACCAAAACCAGUGAUUAUACGUAAAAUACGAGUGACACUUUCAUAGAGCGCGUAGUUUGAUUUCGCACAUACUCUUGCGCAUGUGGUGAAUGUAAAGUAGAAGAAUGCAGUUUCGUUCUCCUCUGCUGAACAAACUGAAGUACUAACAAAUGAACAUCUACUAAACUUACAAGCCUACACACCGUAUUGCUUAUAGGAGUUAUGGGAUUGAUCACUGUUCGUUACCUUCACCUUUAUAGGAGUUAUGGGAUUGAUCACUGUUCGUUACCUUCACCUUUAUAGGAGUUAUGGGAUUGAUCACUGUUCGUUACCUUCACCUUUCACACCGUACUUUCUGUGAUUUCAUAUGUAUAACGAUUUAAACACAAUUCAUCCCACCACAUAUUUAUUCUAUUUAUUUAUUUUGAAAAACUAAUUUCUUAAAGAGCUCCAUGAUCCACUUGUGUCGGUCAUUUUCAUAUCGGAAGAACCUGUGCUUCAAUACAUUUCUUUUUUAUCUGACGCUUGUAUAUGUAGUAGACUUUUAUCCGGGCCCAGGUCUAUCGUCCUUAAGUCGAACUGUGGCUGAUGAUAUGGAACUCGUUCCUUAUCACACAGAUUACAACCACGCACUCUCAUUCGAACACAGACUUAUUCUCAAGGUACGCUGUGACUCAUACAUGUGUAACAGGACGGGAGAAAAUGUAACGAACCAGACCGGGAUUCGAACCCGGGGCCCUGAACUUCAGUCAGGUGCUCUACCAACUGAGCUACCGGUAUGUGGCCACCGGCGAUCGAACCCGGCUGACCGCUACAUUCCUCCAUCCUUAAAUUGUCGUCGUCCUUGAAGACAAACAACCCAGAUUCUUUUGCCCUUGGCAGGACUUUCACCUGCAAGUCCAAGGGUGUUUAGCGGCACCAAGUGUAUCGGGAAGGGAGAAAAUGCAAUGGAUCAGACGCCGAAUUCGAACCCGGGUCCCCUGAAUCUCUAGUCGGGUGCUCCACUAACUGAGCUAACUGGCCACCGGCGAUCGAAUACGGCUGACCGCUACACAUGCAUGUUUUUAAAGUGUGUGUAUAUACUGUACAUGUGCAUAUAGAAAAAACUUCAUGUAGAAGAAUCUUUCAGUUGUAUGUGUAUUUUUUAUUUAUUAAAUAUAUUAUUUUUACAAUUUAUCAUUUCG